AUGCCAAGGAUACCCCAACCCAACCAAGACACACUCACCCUCGUCAAAAUACUCAUCUACUUUAUCCUUCCAAUCACACUCUCAAUGUAUCUCAUAACAUUCCUAACCCCAGAUCUAUUCACAUACAUUCAAACCAACUUUCGAGUUAUACUCCUAUCAAAACAGUUUUGUCAAGUUAAACCACAUCAAUGUGAAGUACUACUAGAUGCUCAAUUUGGUGAUCCUGAACUACUUUUUCGACAAGUUUUCCAUCACUACGACUUGAUCUAUGUUGUUAAUAAGUACAUAUGGCAAUGGGAUACCCUUACAACAAAGUUGAUUCUAUCAGCACCAGUAAAAAAACUUAUAAUGGGCAUGGCUCAUUUACGUGGUGUUCAUGUAGACGAUGCAUACUGGGAAAUCAUGCAAGAGACUGUACAUAUUAUACUUGCUAUUUUUAAUACUUCAAUUUUUCAUAUUGUUAUGGGAAUGUUGGUUUCACGAAUGUGGAUGUUUUUUAUAGUUGGUGUUGUAUUGACAAUCUUGGAACCAUGGGAGAAAUUGGCUGGACCAAUUUGGAAUUUAUUACAAUCAGCAAAUAAUGUAUUCUAA